AUGAGCCAGGACUAUAGCUAUUCUCAGCCUUCUUCAUCUGAUCUGGCUGAUAAGUACUCAGAGGACACUGCGGAUAGAGAGCUAGAGGCUUUGAUUUGUAUGGAUGAAGCAGAGUCGAGGCAAUACCCACCUCAACCUGAGGUGGUGCAUGGAUUCCCGAAGGAAUGCUACUGUGGUGCGCAGCCUAUUCUAUCCAACUGCUACAACAGAAGUCAUUUUGCAGAAAAGAAGGCUGGACUCAAGCCAAAACAGAUAAUUGAGAGAGUUAGAUUAGAUCAUGGUGUUCAUAUACAAUACAAAAAAGCUUGGAGAGCAAAAGAGGCAGCUCAGAUUUUGGUUAGAGGAACUCCUGAGGACAGUUACCACAACAUAGCAAAAUGGUUGUUCAUGGCUAAGGAAAGAAAUCCAGGAUCAGUUGUUUAUCUUGAGAUGGAUUCUGGUACUAAAUUCAAAUAUGUGUUCAUUGCAUUCGGUCCAUCGAUAAGAGGUUUUGAUUUGCUGAGAAGAGUGAUUGCAGUAGAUGGUACCUUCUUGAAGGGGAAAUUUAAAGGAACUUUAUUAGUAGCUACAGCACAAGAUGGAGAUCAUCACCUAUACCCGAUAGGCUUUGCUAUUGUUGAUUCAGAAAAUGAUAAAUCUUGGAAUUGGUUUUUUAGGUGUCUCCGUACUAUCAUACCUGAUGCCCCAGAUUUGGUGUUUGUCUCUGAUCGUGCAUCGUCUAUUGCAAAAGCACUUACAGAGUUGUAUCCAGCAUCACAUCAUAGAAUCUGCAAAUACCACCUUGGAAACAACAUCAAAGUAAGUUUCAAGGGUCAAUCAUAUUUGCCACUUGUUGAAUCUGCAGCCAUUGCUUAUACUCGUGAAGAGUUUGCUAAAAUAUUCAUCCAGAUUCAAGAUGCAAAUCCUAAGUUGGCUGA